AUGGAUACAAUGUAUCACCGGGGCACCACUACAACGUACCACAGGGGCAUCAGCACCAAUACUGUACCACAGUGGUCUAAACUUCGAUACAAUGUACCACAGGGGCCUCAGCACCAAUACAAUACGUCGGAUGAGGAACUGUUGGAUAUCCAAACGUCGGAUGAGGAACUGUUGGAUAUCCAGACGUCGGAUGAGGAACUGUUGGAUAUCCAAACGUCGGAUAGGAAGUGUUGGAUAUCCAGACCGGAUAGGAACUGUUGGAUAUCCACAGAGGAACUGUUGGAUAUCCAGACGUCUGAUAAGGAAAUGUUGGAUAUCCAGACGUCGGAUGAGGAACUGUUGGAUAUCCAAACGUCGGAUGAGGAACUGUUGGAUAUCCAGACGUCGGAUGAGGAAGUGUUGGAUAUCCAGACGUCGGAUGAGGAACUGUUGGAUAUCCAGACGUCUGAUAAGGAAAUGUUGGAUAUCCAGACGUCGGAUGAGGAACUGUUGGAUAUCCAAACGUCGGAUGAGGAACUGUUGGAUAUCCAGACGUCGGAUGAGGAAGUGUUGGAUAUCCAGACGUCGGAUGAGGAACUGUUGGAUAUCCAGACGUCGGAUGAGGAACUGUUGGAUAUCCAGACGUCGGAUGUGGAAGUGUUGGAUAUCCAGACGUCGGAUGAGGAACUGUUGGAUAUCCAGACGUCGGAUGAGGAAGUGUUGGAUAUCCAGACGUCGGAUGAGGAACUGUUGGAUAUCCAGACGUCGGAUGAGGAACUGUUGGAUAUCCAGACGUCGGAUGAGGAAGUGUUGGAUAUCCAGACGUCGGAUGAGGAACUGUUGGAUAUCCAGACGUCUGAUAAGGAAAUGUUGGAUAUCCAGACGUCGGAUGAGGAACUGUUGGAUAUCCAAACGUCGGAUGAGGAACUGUUGGAUAUCCAGACGUCGGAUGAGGAACUGUUGGAUAUCCAAACGUCGGAUGAGGAACUGUUGGAUAUCCAGACGUCGGAUGAGGAAGUGUUGGAUAUCCAGACGUCGGAUGAGGAACUGUUGGAUAUCCAGACGUCGGAUGAGGAACUGUUGGAUAUCCAGACGUCUGAUAAGGAAAUGUUGGAUAUCCAGACGUCGGAUGAGGAACUGUUGGAUAUCCAGACGUCGGAUGAGGAACUGUUGGAUAUCCAGACGUCGGAUGAGGAAGUGUUGGAUAUCCAGACGUCGGAUGAGGAACUGUUGGAUAUCCAGACGUCGGAUGAGGAACUGUUGCAUAUCGAGACGUCAGAUUAG